GAGUUUUACGAACCAAUCGCCGGAACUGACUGAAGAAACGAACCGUUCUUUGAACCGAGGGGACAAAAGAACGCCGGAAGCCGUCAGACAAUAGGCGGGGAGUCAGGCGAUUAUGUCCCGCUCGCGAUCGUUCGCGGCACAGUAAUUCGUUUGUCCUCGGCCCAACGAAAGAUGGAUAUGAUCGCAAGGAAUUUUUCGAAGCGAGGAUGAUGAAGAGUGAGCGAAUUGUGGAGGUAAAACACUGCCGUGCAUUCACGCAAGGGCGCUCGGCCGGAAUACUAACGGUGACGUCAUCACGAAUGAUAUCAGAGUUUUGGUGACUCUUGUCUGAACAGAAUCAUGAAUUUUGCUUCAUUCAUUGGGACCCACUGAACCUAUAGGACACACAUGCACUUUGGACGGCGUGGCAUGCUAUAGCAAACAUCAAGCUGUUGAAAUUUAUUUUCUGAAAUUUGAACGCACAUGGAAUGCUUGAAUUGGAUUCAUAAAAUGUUCAGUAACUGCCGGGGAUUUUCCGUUUUGUUCGUGUGCUGUUUCGUCACGGAGAUUUGUUUGUCGACAUCAAGUACAACAUCGGCCAGAAAUCACCGGAAAUCGCGUAGGAAAACAAAGAUGAGUCCUUCAACACGUCUGGGAGACGUUGUGUCUGAAGACGAUACGGUACCAUCACUACAGGAAGAAGUAACUCUGCCUCAUACGAGCUUAGGAGUAAUAGAAGAUGACAUCCUGCAACAUCCACCGAGACGAUUACCCAUCGCUGGACUUACCAAAUGCGGUCGCCGCCCCACCAACCCCUACCGUCGAAUUCGCCGAGUUGUCGGCGGCUUGACGGCUGGCACACGCUGGCCCUGGCAGGCGCAGAUCAUUCGGAGGGAUUCCUUCGGUCAAGAGAUCCACCAUUGCGGAGGGACGCUCAUUGACACCAUGCACGUGCUGACGGCGGCUCAUUGCUUCGAUGGGUAUCAUAAGAAUGACUUCAUCAUCCGUCUCGGCCAGCACGACCGCUCCACCACCGAACCCCAGGAGCAAGAUUUCGCCAUCGGCUGCCUUGACAUCCACACCAAGUAUCGGGCUCUACGAGCUGGCCAUGGCUACGCCAACGACAUUGCUCUGGUCACAUUACGGGGGAGGAUCAAUGGCCACAAGGGGGCGCUGUUCAACGAUCACGUGCUACCAGCUUGUCUACCGCAACGAGAUGAGUUUGAGAUGGGCUCCAACUGUUGGGUGACUGGCUGGGGAUAUUCAAACUUUAGUGAUCUCAUCUCUAGCUCCUUUCCAGACAUGUUGAACGAGGCUCCCGUACCUCUUCAGUCGCAGAAGACCUGCCGCUCAUUCUACGGUGCCGACCUCUCCCGCAAGACGCUCUGCGCCGGCCUGGUGGGGACGCGCGCUCGUGCCGACACCUGUCAGGGGGACAGUGGGGGUCCCCUGGUGUGUGAGCGCUACGGGGUCUGGAAGGUCUGGGGUAUUACGUCUUGGGGGAAGGACUCGCUGUGCAAUGUGAGACCGUUGCUGGGCGCGAUUCCUGGAGUGUAUACCAGGGUGGAUCAGUAUCUGCACUGGAUUGAGAGGCGGAUUGAGAGGCGAAGGCGAAAGCCUGUCUGCAUCAACUAAAAUAAAGCUUGGUGAACCUUCUGUCAAACAGAAUAGACUCUCAGGGGAAGUUUCAGAUUAGUGCAAAAUUAAGACCUUCAAUUAUGGAUGUACAAUCGUUUUUUUCCCAGACUUAGUACACUGUAAUUUCGGCAUUUUAUCGAGGGCAUUAGUCUUAGUUACUUUCAUCAAAAUUGCAUUUUCGUUGUAUUCAUGUAAAAAAAAAAUUCAACUUCUCACUUUUGGGUGUUGUUUUGCACUGAUAGUUUGUAUAAUGUACAAGUACUACUUUGCUUUUUAGAAAAAGAUAACUUGUAUUUCCUUUUAAGGUAGAGCACAAUGGCAAAAAAGGAAAUCAAUAUAACUGAAAAAUGGGUGUACGAAUAGCUGAAAAGAUGCCUUCAAGUGUGGUGCCUCAAGUCAGAUGGUCAAUUUUACAUGAUCUACUUAUUUAUUUUUAAAGGGAGUGGGUAAGGUGCCAGGAUUUGCCAUGUUUUUUAUGUCCAAACAAAACGUUCAGUUAUACUACUGCUCCACUUAAGGCUACUUAAAGGUAGACCAUUAACGGUUAAUCGAUUGUAAUUGUGAUUUUUUUUCAUUUGAACCAACAAAAAAAGGUCAAAAUCUAAAGAUGGAUGCUUAAUAACUAAACCUGAUGAAGUUUUAGCUCUGUGAAUGCUGUAUAUUUCAAGAAAACAGAACAAGCAUUAACACAAUAUUUUGGAUCUUGACUUCAAUUCCAAAGUUGCCCAGUUAUAUUUUGAAUGGCGCUCUUGUUACACAAUCCUGAAAUCAGCAUUUGGGACGUGAUUCUCAUUCAGCCGAUUGUCACCCAUUCACGGAUUUGCCCAAUUGCAAACCAACUACAAGUUAGAACGCAUGGGGGCGGAUUCACAGAAAUUUCCACGAAUGUGUCACUUGAAACAUCUUUGGAAACGACCAUUUGUUAUAAAAAUGACAGCAUGCCAGAAGAAAUAAUUUCACAGGGAGUUAAGUAUCAUUACUAUAUUUAAACCGAGUAAGCUUUAUCACAUUCAUUUGGUUGGUUACUUUUUGGAUAGCUGCAAAUGGUCUUCUCUACCUUUAAUUCAUGGUGCUUCUUCGAAACAGCAGCUUGUAAAUUUUAAUGUAUUUUUAUUUUUUACUCAGGACCUUAUUUAGAUUGAAAUUUUGUGGCCACUGCCAAACCACAUUUUAUAAGCCUGUGUAGAAUUGCCACUUUAUCCUGAAAAGCUGUCUGCAAAGGCACAAAAGGCAUUCAGUGGUUUCUCUAGUUCCAAGAAAUACCUUUAUUGUAUUUAUGCGUAUUUUAUUCAAGUGUAUUUAUGUAUUCGUUGGAUGUAUUCACCAUGACCUACAUAAUAAAGGGUCAGCAAGGUUAGCUUUCUAUGGAACAGCCGGUUGUGUCUCUUAAAUGCUGCAACUUUCCUUGAUUUUUCAUUUUAUAUUAUUUGAUUACAUGUAUACGUGAACAACAAUUUACAAGUGUUUUGAAUUUCUGGUCAAUUGUUUUGGCUGUCAUUUUGUAUUUUGCUGAAUGGGUUUUGCUUUUUAAUAUGCCAAUUCAAAAUACAUGUAUCUGUGAAUAAAUGAUGGAAACACUGUGGAUCGCUUUUUAUGUUUUUUCUGUAAUCUUAGAUUCUCCAAUUAGCAAUAAAUUGCUGUUAUGAUUGUUGAGCUUGUGAUAAUACAAAUCAAAAUUCUAAACUGUAUCCAUUUUUUACAAGUCAAAAUUAAAUGUCUUGUAUCCUCAUUAAAAAA